AUGCCGUCGUUGUCUUCGAAGUCUCGUUUAUUUGAACCAUGCUAUAUUUGGAAAAACCAAGAAGAGACUAAAGACUACAAAUCUGGACAAAAGAUGGGAGUUCUAUCUCGAAUGCUUGGUUUGAAAACGGAAGAGAUGUCUCGAAAAGACAAAUGCCUUGGGAAUCACCAAGAAGUCAGUGAGAAUAAUCAUUCGAGUCCGCCGAAGCUAAACGGAGGAAGUGUUUUGAAGAUAGCAAAUUCGAAGAACGGAAUGUUCACAUUCGACUGGCGGAACAAAGAUGAGAAAAUCAAAAACUUGGAAAUAUCUGAAACAGAUUUAUCCAAACUAUUCAUUCAGAUUUUGGAAAAGUUUAACUAUCAAAUAGGGGAAAUCUAUCUCGAUCUGGUAAUGUUUGCAUUCAUUAUUCCGAUCAUUUUUGUAUAUACUUUUCAGAAGAAAGGAAGUGACGAAUCGGCGCUUUCAUUAUCUGGGUGUCGCAAGAUUUCAGUGAGAAAACUGUACCUGAGAUUGGAGUCGCUGAGUACUUUGGAAUGGUGGCUUUGUCAUGUUUCUGCUGAUGACAUCAGUGGGAUCAGCAUCGCUCCAUUUGGAGAUCAACCCAAUGAUAUUCCAUGCAACAUCUUUGAUUACCCUCAUUUUCGAAAAUGUCGAACUCUGUGUCUCAUGGAACAAUGCUCUUUCACAUCUGAACAGUUUUUUUCCAUUUGUACAUCUGUUCCACAUUUCUCGUUCUACUCGGAUACGGUCUGUGAAGCUGUCGUCAAAUCAGCGAUUGAAGAGCAGGUGAAUUCCACAAAUGUUGAGGACUUUGUUGUUCUCGAAUGGUUCUUUGCCAGACAUGUCAAAACUGAAGACGUCAUUCAGGAUCUAGUUCGACCCCACGGGGAUAGGAGAGAAAGAUUUUGCCACCAGAAACAAUGCUUUGAGCCGGUCGAUGUAUAUUCAGUGUCCAACGAAAACAACAAGAAAUUGUCUGUUAUGAUUGUCGAAGAUUUUAACGGCGGUUUCAAACCAUACAGUCUUGUUCUUUUCUCGUAA